CUCUCUAUAUUUUUUUUUUCACCCUGGACUCUUUCUUCUUCGCCGUGUGCCAACAAUUGCUCCUUCAGGUGCUCGUCUACUCACUCUCUUUUUCUUCACAACCGUGGCUCAAUUUAUUAUUGAAGCAAGGCACAAAAUCCAAACAUUGAUGGUGGAGUGGUUGCCUUCUGUGCAUUAUUUCACUUGCAGACAGAAUCUUUUCUAGUUUAAUUCGUUUUCAAUGAUGCAAAGUUGUGUGCUGUCCAUUGAAAAAAACAUGUGGGUUCCGUUAAAGUUUAUUCAAAAUAAGACUCCACGGCCAAUUCAUUUCAGUUUAUUCCAAACCCAACAAAUCGGAGGUACACUGACCAGUUAAAAUGUACCUGAAAGAAGAGUAACGGUGUCGAAAUCUCUCCCAUGUUUGUUUCAUUUGCCACUUAUUUCUACAGAAAAUGAACAAUUAUAGCUGAACAAAUUUGACCUGCUAACCACUAUAUAUAAUAUAUGAAAAGUCAGAAAACGAAACCGCUCCUUUGGUUUCUUUCUAUAAUACAAUUACAAUGGAAAUUGCUCGGAACGACAAUGGUUCACAUGAACGUACCCGGAAAGGGAUUGUGUGCAUUUUUCAGCUAUAUUCUGAGUAUUCAUUCACACUUUCAUAGAGUACCUUAUGAAGCCUAUAUAUUUGCCAUUGCCACUUGUACCAGAACAACUUAGUGGGAGAAGCUGAUAAUCUCUUUUCAAGUUGUUAAACCAAUACCAUCAAACAACAAACAUGUCUAACGGCAGUUCCAGGCGCGUCUCACGGGAACGUGGGCGAUCUCGUGGUACAUAUAGCAGCUCACGAGAGAGACACAAUUCAUUGCGACGCAGAAGAAGCACUGAACGGCCAUUGCAGAGUAGGCGCAGUUCAUCACAAAAUAGAAGUCGAAGAAGUCACAGCCGAGAAGGAAUUAGGUCUUAUCGUGCCGUCAUCGACAGCCGGAUAAAGUCAACAACCAGAUCAUCCGGGACAAGAUCGCGGAGCAAAAGUAGUACACGCUCGGAAAGAAAAGGAAGCAAAUCACCAAAAGCUAAAGCUCCAUGUUCUAGUAAAUAUGGCAGUGACAAAGCACAAGGUUCUAAUAGGCGCAAAAGCAGUACACGCUCGACAAGAAAAGGGAGCAAAUCAACAAAAGCUACAACUUCAUCUUCUAGUAAAUAUGGCAGUGACAAAGCAGAAUAUUCUUAUAGGAGCAGGCCUUCACAAGAAAGUACAGAAAAGCCAUUGGACAGUCCUUUGCAAAAUAUAAGUGGAAGUUUCAACCUAGCAAAGGCCAAGCUACUGCUACCAGAUGAGCAAACAUUGGAAGAAAAUGAGAUUGAGACGAAAUCAUUGAGCCUUAGUGCCGCGGAGGAACUGUGGAAGACACCAAAAGUUGGUGAGAUAUACAAUGAGAUAGGAGCUGAUGUGAAAAAUAUAGAGAAACGGUUGAAAUUUCUUUCACAGAAAUUCCAAAGUUUGUCAAUUACGGAGGCAAAUGAAAUAGCUGAUGCUGCAUAUCUUCUCCGACUUCUGAGAAAACCAAAUCAUGAGAUUGAGAUGGCGGGGAAAAUGGCACAUAAAGGUGCUCUUUUGAUUCUUCAGGCAGAAAUGCUAUCCAACAAAGGAAAGGAACUACUUGAGCAGAGUAAAAACAAGUUAAAGUUAACUAUGCUUUGAGUAAAAAGGUUUGAAUCGGCCUAAUAAUGCUUGGUUUGGUAAUCAUUAUUUAAUAUUUGUGUGGAUUUAUGGAGAUUCGUUAAGAUGAUUAAUGAUGAUUGUAUCCAUUUGGUUUAGAUGAUUUAUGAGAAUUUGUGAUGAUCUGUAUUUUAAAUGAUCGAAUGAAGUGAGAGAUGAGAAAAAUAUGGUGGAUUUG